GAUACGACGAAGUUUUGGUGCGACGAAAACAAGUUGACGGCGGCGCGACUGACGACGGAAGUGAGGGAAGAAGAGGAUUGUCUUUUGGCUCUCUGUGUAUUUUAUUGCAGCUACAAUCAUGGCAACCUUUUGGAAAUCGCAACCAAAGAAAUUCUGUGACUUUUGCAAAUGCUGGAUAGCAGACAAUAAAGCAAGUGUAGAUUUCCACGAAAGAGGGAAGAAACACAAAGAAAAUGUUGAAAAAAGGAUUGACGAACUCAGGAAAAAAGGCUUACAGCGAUACAAGGAGGAAGAAUCAGCCAAAAGUUCUUUGGCUGCAAUUGAGGCGGCUGCUCUGAAAGCAUUUGAGAAAGAUGUUAAAAAUGAUCCUUCCCUAGCCAGUCAGUAUGGUAUUGAAGUUGCUGCCCAGUUUAAGCAAAAACAGUUACAAGAUCAAGCUAAAAAGGAUGAAAAAGAAGAGCAGAAAAAAGUUAAAGAGAAAGAAAAAGCAGAAAGAAUUGAUAACGAAAAAGAGGAAGUCGGAACAUGGAUGGAAGCAACGAGUGAAGAAGGGUACACAUAUUACUGGAAUACAGUAACUAUGAAUACUACUUGGGAAACCCCGGCAAAUUAUGUUCGUAAGGAAGACCAGGAUGUUGAAGAGGAAUCAACGGAUACAACAAAGAAUGAAAAUGAUGGCGACGAUUUGAACAAAGGAGAAAAAAGAAAAGCAGCUGGUGAUGCAUAUGGACAGUGGCAGACAGUUGAAGUCAGAAAUGAAGACCCAGUCGACCUGCAGCUGCCUGAGAGUGCCAACUAUACCACAAGCAUGUACAGACCAAAGGCUGCAGAAAAUCAAGCCAGAGAAAAACUACAAUUUAAAGAAAAGACUGUGAAAUCUUUAGAGCCUACUGAUAGUGAGGCCGCUGUAAAUAUCGGCUUCAAAAAACGCAAAUUCAAUGCCGGUUCCCGUAAAAUUCGACAACGAGAUGAGAGUUGAUGGGUGAAGAAAAUAUUCAAAAAUAAAAAAAAAAAUUAUUUAUGGUUUAUGGUCAAUACUCUACCUGUGGUUACCAUUCUAGUUUUGUAUGCCCUACUGUACACAAAAAAAUUAACUCUAAUUAUGUUUUCAAUAUCAAUAUUAUUAUUUAUUAUAUUGAUAAAGAUAUAUCAUUUUAUCUAUUUCAGUUUUUCAUUCAAUUAUAUUAUGUAGGUCUGUCUUGUUAGAUUAAUUGUUAACAGUACAGUACACGUUUGUCACGCAAUAGACAAAAGGGCCUUCUCAAGAAAAGCGUCACCUAUUUGUCACGAUUGUUUUAAAUCUUAUUUAAGGCUUUGCAGACAUUUGUAUCUAAUGGUGUGUUUAAUAGGUGGGGGGGAUUUGUAAACUGUAGCAUCAGAUAUUCUCAGUGUGAGGUGGGGCACCACCUAGGUACGUCAUUGUUUGUAUCUGAUAAACUACAUUGUUAUUGUGAUGGUAAACUUAUCAGUAAUUAACAUUGCCUGUUAUAAUUAUACCUAGAUAUAUAACAGUUCCAUGUGCUAAUCUCAUAGAAAUGAAAGUGGCACUGCAGCGCCCUCAAAUGGUCAAUAAUGCAAUCAUAACACUAAAGCUCUGUCCACACUAUUAAAUUUUAUGUAACAAAUUAAUGUGAUGUGCCCUUAUAUGGGCAUGAUGAUGAACACCUAAAUAUGGCCAUAUAGUGUUUACAAGGCUUUAGAGAGACAAUAAAUAAAAUGUAUUCCA